AUGAUUAAAGAUUUUAUUAUUCCUAUAAAUAAAGAUGAACUUUUACAAACUCGGAAUGGACAAUAUUUUGUUGAAAAAAUUGUUUCAAUACGAGUAUUACCACAAGCUCUUGAUGAAGCCAAAUCAGCACUUCAAAUGAAUGGAAUCAAUUUUAUAUUAGAUCAUUUUGAUACAUUUUUCUCUUUAAUUGUUCAUGGAAAUAAAAUUGAAUUACCAAUUAUUAUGCGUGGCUUCAGUAGAAUUCAUAAAGCUAUUGAAAUAUUAGUAAAUGAUUUGGAAAAUAUAUUUGAAAAUGGAAAAGAAUUGGAAGAAGAAGAUAGAUUAAGAUAUUUAAAUAUAAAUAAAAUGCUUACAUAUUUAUUCUCUUGGCUUCUUUGCCAUAUAGAUGAUGAAAUUUCUAAAGAUGUAAAUGAUAAAUAUACAAGCAAGCGUAAGAAAUCAACAAAAUCAGAUAUAGAAGAAGAAUGGGAAAAUGAUAGAGAAAAAGCAUUAGAAUAUAUUUAUAGAUUAUUACAAUUACCAUUACAAAAACUUUGGCAACCUCCUAUUGUAGAAGAUUCAUUUAUAAUAUUAUUUACCAAAGUGUGCUAUAAAGUUUUAGAACAAUGUAAAGAUUCAAAAUGUAAACAUAUACGAGAAACAAUUUUUGAGAUUUUAGGUACUUCAGUUAAAAAAUAUAAUCAUGGUAUAAGUUGUGUAAUAAGAAUUAUUCAGUUAGUGAAAUUACAUGAUAUACUAGCAUCUCAUAUAGCUACUGGAAUUAUAUAUAUGAUUAAAAAUUGUGGUUGUAAUGGUUUAAUAAAAGAAAUAAUGAAAGAGAUUGAUCAAAGUGAAUUAUCUGAACCUGAUAGUCGUAAUAUAUCAAUAUUUUUAGAAACUAUUGCUGCUUCUGAACCAAAUCUUAUAAUUUCUAUUCUUGAUGAUGUGAUGGAUUAUUUGGGUAGCGAGCAUUAUACCAUGAGAAAUUGUACUAUUAGUAUUAUAUGUGAAGUUAUACAAAAAGCAUUGACUGGAGAUGAUCUUACACAAGAACAAAAAGUUCAACGUGAUGAAUGCCUUAAUAGUUUGGAAGAUCAUAUUCUUGAUAAUAAUGCUUAUGUUAGAUCAAAAGUUUUGCAAGUUUGGCAACGUUUAUGUUGUGAAGGAGCUAUUCCAUUAGCGAGGCAAGGAAGACUUUUAGCUGCUACUGCAUUACGUUUAGAAGAUAAAAGUGCAAGUGUACGAAAACAAGCAUUACAAUUAAUACGUGCUUUACUACAGAGCAAUCCAUUUGCUGCUACAUUAAAUAAAAUAGAAAUAUCUAAAUCACUAGAAAAAGAAGAAAUAAAACUUAGAAAGUUACAAACUGAAAGUGUUAGUAAAAGUGUUCGUGGUGAUAAUGAGAGAUUAGAAUUAUGGAAUACUUUACUCCCAAAAAUAAGAAAAGUAUUAAAAGAAGUUAUUAAUAAUGAAAAAAAUAAGGAUAUAGAAUAUGGUAAUGAAGAAGAAGACAUAAAUACAGAUACAGCAUUUGAAUAUAUAAGACAAUUAAUGUUAAAAGAAAAAAUCUUUAAAGCAGUAACAUAUUUAUGGAAAGUUUGUAUAAAACUGAAACAAAAACCAGAUAUAGAAAAUCUUUCUUCUGAAGCAAAAGAGGAAUGUUUGUUCUUAUUUUUAUUAAAAACAUUUAUGGAAUCUGAAAAUAAUUUAAAUAAUAUAAAAGAAAAUACGGAAAAAAAACAAUCAAUAGAGGAAAACAAAGAAAAAGAAGAAAUAAUAGCAAUAAAACGAGUUAUAAAUUAUUUGAAACAUUGUUUGGAAUUUGCAACUGAAUUAGAAAUUGCUAUACCUAUGACAGAAAAGUUACUUUUUUCUACCACAGCAACUGAUGCUAUUGAGUCAUGUACUUUACUUGGAAUCGCUUCUAAAUUUGGCAUAGUUGGAUCUGCAGUUGCUAUUCGGGAUGCUUUGUUUCAAGUAUUUCAUCGCGAUCAAUCAGUUCGUAAUAAUAUCGCGGUGGUAUAUAAAGAUCUUUAUUUAAAUAAAAAUGAGAAUCAAAAAUCAAAACGACAAAAAGCUCUUACAUGUAUGAGAUCCUUAAUUGAUUUAUUAAAAAAACUUCAGCCAGGUCAAAGUCAAGCUUUAACUCAGCUUAUUUUAAUAUGGUAUAAUAAUAAUGAUAUAGAUAAUGAAUUAUUACAGGUUUUAUGGGAAACUUUUUCAAUGAAAUCACCAGACACAGAUUCAUUAGAUAGUAGAUCUGCUUUAAUGUUAUUAACAAUGAUAGCUCAAACUCAAAGUUGUAUUAUAAGUGAUAAUUUAGAAGUAUUAAUAAAAGUAGGAUUUGGAUCUAGAGCAAAGACUGAUCUUUUAUUAGCCAGAGAUACAUGUAGAGCAUUGCUAACCAUAAAACAUAAAAAUGAUGAUAUUGAAAAAUCAUCUAUUAGGUAUCCCAAUGAUCAUGAAAUGUUUAAAAAAAUUCUUUCCUUACUAAUAGAAAAUUUUAUAAAUAUAGAAGAAGAUGGAUAUAUUUCAUUUGCAACUGAUGCAAUUAAUGCUAUUUAUCAUUUAGCAAAUCAGCCUGAUCAUUUAAUGAAACAAGUGCUAUUACAAGUGUGUAUUCGAGGACAUUUUAAUAAUGAUUCAACUCAAAAUACUGUUUCACUUUUUUUACUUUCUAAAUUAUUAUAUUUGAUUGGGCAUAUUGCAAUCAAAGAAAUGGUUCAUUUAGAUAUGUCAGUUUAUAAAGAAUUAAAACGAAGAGAUAUUGUACGAAAUUUAAAAAAAGAAAAAAAAUCAGAUAAAAAUGAAAAAGAUAUAAAUACAGUUCGGAGAUCAAAAAUAGAAGUUUCUACUCCAAAUAGUGCAAGACAAAUAAUUCUCAAUAAAGAAACAAGCUUAAUUAUGGAAGAUAAUGGAGAGGAAGCUGUAGAAGGAGCAACAAUGGAUUCAAAUGCAGAAUUUAUAAAUGAAAUUCUUGAAAAUCAUGUUGUAACUGGAGAUGGACUCUUAGUAAAUUUUGUUCCAUUAGUAUUAGAUGUAUGUCAAUAUCAUGAUAAAUAUAAUAAUGAAGAUAUACAAGCUGCUGGAGCACUUGCUCUUAGUAAAAUGAUGACAGUGAGUUCUAGUUUUUGUGAAAAAUCUUUACAACUUUUAAUUACAAUAUUAGAACGUUCACCAUAUCCUGGUAUUCGGGCAAAUGUUCUUAUUGGAAUAAGUGAUCUUACAACAAGAUUUCCAAAUCAGAUUGAACCAUGGAUGAAACAUGUUUAUGGCAGGCUUCGUGAUGAAGAUACAAAUGUAAGACGUACAUGUGUUCGAAUUUUAUCAAGUCUUAUAAUGAGAGAAAUGGUGCGCGUGAGAGGUCAAAUAUCAGAAUUAGCUCUUUGUAUAGUUGACAAAGAUUUUCAAAUUCGACAAGAUGCAAAACAGUUUUUUAAAGCACUUUCACAAAAAGGCAAUGCAUUGUAUAAUAUAAUGCCUGAUAUUUUAUCUCGAUUAACUGAUCCUGAUUUAGAUAUAAAUGAAUCAGAUUUUCAAGAAAUUUUGAAGCAUAUUUUGAAUUUAUUACAAAAAGAAAAACAAGUUGAUUCCAUUAUUGAUAAAAUUUGUGCUAGAUUUAAAUUGGCUACUACAGAAAGACAAUGGCGUGAUUUUGCAUAUUGUCUUUCACUUAUGCAAUUUAGUGCAAAAAGUAUACGUCAUCUUAUCGAAAGUUUACCUUUACUGAAGGAUAAAAUUCACCACAAGCAAGUUUUAAAAGCAUUACAGUCUGUUAUCGAACAAACAAAGAAAAAACCAAAUACAAAAACAAUAUGUACAGAAUUAGAAGAAAAAAUAGAAGAACUUCUUAAAGGAACAGAAAAUUCAAAAGAAGAUAAUGUUAUGAUAAUGCCACCACCAGCAGUACCAAAAUCAAGAAAACGUAAUAAACGUGCAAGUAAUAGUGAAGAAGAGGAUGAUAUUGACAGUGAUUCUGAUUUAACAUCUGUAACGAAAACAAAAGGUUCUAAAAAAAGAAAAUCAUGGGGAUGCAAAUCAAGUUCUAGUUCGGAUUCAGAUAAUGAUUUAGCAAUAAAAACUCCUAGGAAGCAACUUAAAGAAAAUGCACCUGCACAGACCAUAACAAGAUCAAGCCGAAAAAAGCGUGUUAAUUCAAUUGCAGCUACACCAUCAUCAUUACCAAAAAGAAAUAAACAAGUAACACCUAUGCGUAUUCCGGAAAGAUCUUCAGCACGUUUAUCCCAAUCACGAAUAAGGAAUUAAAAUUUUUGUAUAUAUUUAACAUACAAUUUUGUAUUUUUUGAUACUAGAUUAAAAAACAGAAUAUGAAGUAAGUGAAAAAAUA